AUGGGACCUGCUUCAGGCCCCAGCCUGCUGCUGCUGCUGCUGACCAGCCUCCCCUGCUGCGAGGGCGGCAUGCGGGAGAACCCCAUGGGCUUCUCGUGCGAGCACAGGAGCCAGUACGUCUUGGGCGAGUCCUGCAUCAAGGCCUUCCUGGACUGCUGCGUCUACAUCACCCAGCUGCGGCUCGAGCACAGUCGGGACAGCCCACUGGGCCUGGCCAGGAAUUUUAGUUACAUGGUUCUUGAUAGGGAAGUGCGGGUCGGACGCAGGCGCUGCCUCUCCCGGCCCAGCUUUCAGCCUGUUCGCUUUGUGAUUGUGCUGCCGUUUUCCCUCAACUUCACUGACCUGGAAGGAGCUCUGGUGGGAAUCUCCACGAAGAUCAUGAACGUGUUCUUGAAAGACUCCAUCACCACCUGGGAGAUUUUGGCCGUGAGCGUGUCGGACAAGAAGGGUGAGGAGGGAUGGGGAGCCACCCUUAGAAGGAAGCACUGCUCACCACCUGCCCUCUGCUUGUCCGUUUAUUCACCCAACGCCUCCACCCUCCCCAACGCUGCACAGCCGGAAGGAAUUCGAGUCAACAAAACGGUAGCUGUUCGCACGCUGGAUCCAGAACACAAGGGCCAAGAGGGAGUGCAGAGAGAGGAGAUCCCCGCGGCUGACCUCAGCGACCAGGUCCCAGACACAGAUUUGGAGACCAGAAUCCUCCUGCAGGGGACCCCGGUGGCCCAGAUGACGGAGGAUGCCAUCAAUGGGGACCGGCUGAAGCACCUCAUCGUGACGCCCUCGGGCUGCGGGGAGCAGAAUAUGAUCGGCAUGACGCCCACAGUCAUCGCUGUGCACUACCUGGACAACACGGAGCAGUGGGAAAAGUUCGGCCUGGAGAAGCGCCAGCAGGCCCUGGAGCUCAUCAAGAAGGGGUACACCCAGCAGCUGGCCUUCAAACAACCCAACUCCGCCUACGCCGCCUUCCAGAACAGGCCGUCCAGCACCUGGCUGACAGCCUAUGUGGUGAAGGUUUUCUCUCUGGCUGCCAACCUCAUCGCUGUCGACUCCUUGGUGCUCUGCGGGGCGGUCAAAUGGCUGAUCUUGGAGAAGCAGAAGCCCGACGGCGUCUUCCAGGAGGAUGGGCCUGUGAUACAUCAGGAAAUGAUUGGUGGCUUCCGGAACGCUGAGGAGAAAGAUGUGUCCCUCACGGCCUUUGUCCUCAUCGCACUGCUGGAGUCUAAAGAUAUCUGCGAGGGGCAGGUCAACAGCCUGGGCAACGGCAUCAACAAGGCCAGAAACUUCCUUGAAGCCCGUUACAUGAACCUGAAUAGACCAUACACUGUGGCCAUCGCCGGCUAUGCCCUGGCCCUGUUGGGCAAGCUGGACAACGCCCGCCUUAACAAAUUUUUGAGCACAGCCAAAGAUAAGAACCGCUGGGAGGAGCCUGGCCAGAAGCUGUACAACGUGGAGGCCACGUCCUACGCCCUCUUGGCCCUGCUACAACUCAGAGACUUAGACUCUGUGCCUCCUGUCGUGCGCUGGCUCAACGAACAGAGAUACUAUGGAGGUGGCUAUGGCUCCACCCAGGCCACCUUCAUGGUGUUCCAGGCCUUGGCUCAGUACCAGAGGGAUGUCCCUGACCACAAGGAUCUGAACCUGGAUGUGUCCAUCAACCUGCCCAGCCGCAAUUCUCUGGUCAAUCACCGCAUCGUCUGGGAAUCCGCCAGCCUCCUGCGAUCGGAAGAGACCAAGGAAAAUGAGAACUUCACAUUAACAGCCAAAGGGAAAGGGCAAGGCACCUUGUCGGUGGUGACAAUGUACCAUGCCAAGGUCAAAGGCAAAACCUCCUGCAAGAAGUUCAGCCUUAGGGUCAAAAUACAGCCAGCCCCCGAAACAGUCAAGAAGCCUCAGGAUGCCAAGAGCACCAUGAUCCUAAACAUCUGUACCAGGUACCUGGGAGAUCAAGACGCCACCAUGUCAAUCCUAGAUAUAUCCAUGAUGACUGGCUUUUCUGCAGACACUGGUGACCUUGACCAGUUGAGCAAAGGCGUCGACAGAUACAUCUCUAAGUACGAGAUGGAGAAGGCCUUUUCCAACAAGAACACCCUCAUCAUAUACCUGGACAAGAUCUCACAUACCAGGGAGGAGUGUCUGACCUUCAAAGUUCACCAGUACUUCAAGGUCGGCCUUAUCCAGCCUGGAUCCGUCAAGGUCUAUUCCUACUACAACCUGGACGAGUCCUGCAUCCAGUUCUACCACCCGGACAAGGAGGACGGGAUGUUGGACAAGCUGUGCCACAAGGACAUGUGUCGCUGUGCUGAGGAGAACUGCUUCAUGCACCACCAGGAGGACGACAAGGUCACCCUGGACGAUCGGCUGGACAAGGCCUGUGAGCCGGGCGUGGACUAUGUGUACACGACCAGGAUGGUGAGGAAGGAGCUGGCCAACGACUUUGACGAUUACAUAAUGGUCAUAGAGCAGCUCAUUAAGUCAGGCACCGAUGAGGUGCAGGUUGGACAGGAGCGCAGGUUCAUCAGCCACGUCAAGUGCAGAGAGGCCUUGAAGCUGACGGAGGGGAAGCGCUACCUCAUCUGGGGCGUCUCCUCAGACCUGUGGGGAGAGAAACCCAACACCAGCUACAUCAUUGGGAAGGACACCUGGGUGGAGCUGUGGCCGGAAGCUGAUGAAUGUCAGGACGAGGAGAACAGGAAGCAGUGUAGGGACCUGGAGGCCUUCGUGGAGAGCAUGGUGGUCUUCGGAUGCCCCAACUGA